UUAAAAAUGUGGUUUAAAUUAGUAUUGGGACUGACCGCAGUAUUAUCAGUAACUUCGAUUAGAGUUGAAAUCGACAAUGGAGAACAAAAAGAUAACACUUCAGUGCAUCCCCCUACUGAACAUUUGCAUGAGCCAGUCUACUUCGAGAAUCUUGAAGACAGAACAUUUCUUAUUCCCCACGAGCCUGAAAAGCGUGCUCAAGUUAUAAUAGAUGGAGCUCCGAAGCUGGCUACGUAUUUGCUACCGCCAUUGACUGGGAAACAAUCAGACUAUCAAUACCAACAGAAUCCUCCUGGCGAGCAAAGCGACUGGUACCCAAUGACAUAUUUAUCUCAAAACUCUCCCAAUACAGUACCGAUCAUACUAACGGAGGUAAACGAAACUGAAGCUCUCAAAUUAAUAAAGAAUACACGACAGCAAAAAGAGUUACAACACGAACAACCAUCUGUACCAACACCGUCCACAGAAUUGCAACCCCCGGCUCCGGACGCACCCAAUGACUACAUAGUUACUUCUCCUACUGAGGAAUUAGAAUAUCCUAAGAAUAAUAUACAAAGAUUAAACGGCCAUAGAAGUUUGGAACAUCAACGUCUCACGUUCAAUGGCGGUCAAAAUAGAUUUUUACCUCACUUCCAAAGCUUGUAUAAAGAGAAAUUGAUCUUGCCACAAAUGUUACCGUACAGCCCUCAGCUAUCUAAACAUAAAAUACCGACGAGAUUUUAUCCGAAGAAAUAUUCUGAUGGAUUCAAGCCGAUUCCCAUCCCGAUCUCAAAAUAUGUUGAGGAUUCUAAUGAUGAUGAAAUUCCUAAAGCGAAGCCUCAGAAACCUUUUUAUCCUAUGUUAAGUACGAACGACGAAUACCAAACGACGCCGGAUGAGAAAAAAGUUUACCUUUUUGAGGAAGCUGAAAAGAAGCGCAAGGUGCAAAAAGAAAAUUUAAAUGAAAAGGAGCCUUUGGCAGACAACAACAAGGAGGAUAUAAAGCUGUCGACCGCUGAGCAGCAAGCAUCGGCGAGUCACAAUAGAUAUCCUGAACGUAGUGUUUAUUAUGGAUCGGGUGAGCAGAAUCAGCGGCCAGCAUCGCAACCCGCGCCCCCUGUGCCCCCCGCGCCUGCCGAACGCACAGAGUUCCGCAUGCACGGCAUGAAGGGACCUCAUAGUUACCAGUUCGGAUACGACACAGGCAAAGGUAAAAAUCGUCAGUUCCGAUACGAGGAACGUGACAAUGACGGUCAUGUGCGCGGCCACUACGGCUACAUGGACAGGCACGGCAAGCUGAGGGUCGUCAACUACGACGCCGACCCCGUACACGGUUUCCGAGCUGAAACACCUGUCGAAAAAGAACAGUAAAAAGCGCCUG